AUGGCCAAAGAAUGGCUCGCCUUCAAGCACAAGGUCAAGGGUUACACGGCGCUGCAAGUCGCUGCUGUGCUUGGUCAUACCCACCUGAUCGAAAUCCUCGUCAGUGCCGGCGCCGACAACGCCGUCACAGUCUGCUGCUGGCGUUGUGAAGCCGAUGCGGAAACCGAUGCGGUUCACGACAUCACACCUAGAGCAGCCAGAAAGACACCGCUCCACUUGGCCAUAUGCCAUCACAACUGGGACACGGCUAAGGCUAUCGAUGUGCUCGGCUGGAUCGACUACAACGGACCAAACAUCCGCAACCUGUCGGCUCUUCACGAUCUGAGCCGCCGCUGGGCGCCUGGACACGACGCCUGCGACUUUGCCGACUGGCUAGUGGCACAUGGCGGCAUCGAUAUCAACACAAUGAUGGACCAAGGCAUGACGCCUUUGGCGACGGCGUGCGCUGCCGGAGAGUUCAAGCUGACCCACCGGCUGCUGUGUCUGGGCGCGAACUGCAACGACAGCGUGCCGACUCGGCCUACAGAGACGCUGAUCCACGUCGCGUUGAGAGCCUGCAACGACAUGGGCAUGCGACGGUCGGCGGCGACGACGAAUAUUCGCUUUACCUCUCAGGACGAGACGAAGCCUUCGACACGAUACUAG